CAAUGAUAUGUCACCUUGAUGAGCAGCGAAAAACCUCAAUUCCUAAACUUCCAGGAGAGAGAGCCCUAAGUUUCUUGUUGACUUCUGACUCAUUACUUACAAAGAAAUAUUGGAACAGAGUUGGCUGAAACUCAAAGACUUUCUUCUGCCCAAGGUCGUUUGCUGAACAGACGAACUUUGAGGCGACAAACCGAUAGGAAGAUGCUGUCUGUGUUUGUUCUGGGGCUCACUCUAUCAGCGACAACUGCUGAGGAUAUCCUUAAUAUCUGCAUGAAUGCAAAACAUCACAAGGAUAAGCCGGGAUCGGAGGGAAGUCUCUACAAACAGUGUGAACCUUGGAAGAAUAAUGCUUGUUGUAGAGCCAACACCACCGUAGAGGCGCACAAUGACCAGUCCCAUCUUUACAACUUCAACUGGAAUCACUGUGGCAUCAUGACAGAAAAAUGCAAGAGGCACUUUAUCCAGGACACCUGCUUGUAUGAAUGCUCCCCCAACUUGGGUCCCUGGAUAGUGACGGUUGAUCAGUCUUGGAGGAAAGAACGCAUUCUGUAUGUCCCAAUCUGCAAGACCGACUGCGAAGAAUGGUGGGCGGACUGUCAGGAUGAUCACACGUGUAAGAGUAACUGGCAUAAAGGAUGGGACUGGAGCACAGGAGUAAACAACUGCCCAGAGAAAACCAAAUGCCAGAAGUUUACUCAAGUUUUCCCAACCCCCCGGGACCUUUGCGAGAAGGUGUGGAGUGACUCGUAUUCGUUCACAGAACAUGAUCGGGGGAGUGGCAAGUGUAUUGCUAUGUGGUUCGACACCUCAAGCUCCAAGCUGAACCCAAAUGUAGAGGUUGCACGGUACUACGCCAUUCAGAAAGGUCUGAUCGCAUCCUCUUCCACUGUUGAGCUGACUCUCCCACUGUUCCUGACUCUACUGCUGCUCUCUGUCUUGCCUUAGCUCUGCUGGCUGUAACCAGAAAAGGAGAGUGGACUGCUGGAAUGCAGCUCUUGCAUUUUAACUUCUGCGUUCGCCGGCUCUGCCAUUUCUUGAUUUUCGAAACAAAAUUCAUUUGCUUUUCUUGCCGAGCCAAUCCCCUGGCUGUGAGUGGGAGUGGGAGUGGUGGUGGUGGUGUAGGGAGAGGAGAAGAUGUUGGUCUUGUCACCACUGUCAUUGCUUAUGGAUAAGCAGCAAAAACACAAGAGGAUACAUUUAUAUAGCACCUUUUGUAUAGCAACCUCAAGACGUUCCAAAACACUUUACAGCUAAUGAGGCUCUUGUAAACUGUAGUUCCCUGUUGCAAUGUAGGGAAAGGUGGUGGCCAAUUUGUAAACAUGAAGUUCCUGCAGCUAUUUUUCCAGUAACGUUAUUAAACACCUCUGCAGCAAGAUGGCUUUGAGCCUGAGCCUUUGGCUUCGAGGUAGGGACACUACCACUGCACCACAAGAGCCCACAGAGCUCCUGUAGAUUCUUAACAAUUAGGUGAUAGUUUGUUGUCACAGUUAUUAGCUUUUAAUGCCAAUUUUUAAAUUAAUUAAAUUCCACCAGUUGGUGUGAUGAAAUUUGAACCUUUGUUGAACAUCAGCCUGGACGUUGGGAUUAUUUGUCUAGUGACGUUACCACUGCAUCACCAUCUGCUAUAUGGAGCUCCUGCAAACAGAAAUGGGAUGACAAUCAGAUAAUCUGGUUCCUGUGAUCUGAACUGAAGGAUAAAUCUUGGUCUUGAGAAACUGUGGCUGUGGGACCAUUGGGGUCGUCAGUUUAACAUUUCAUCCUAAAGACGAUAUCUGGAUGUUAGUGGCAGACGUACUGUUGUUCCCUCACAGUCUCUGAGCUUCCAUUGUGUUCGUGUUUGGAAUGAAAAUUUGGAGCCGUGUGCUGACCCUAAAAGACCCUAUAGUGUAUGCCGGUUGAAAGUGUUAUUAAAUCAUCCACGGUGUAAUGGAAGGUGUCCUCAACAGUGCGAUCAGGCACUACUUACUCAGCAAUAAACUACUCAGGACCACAGCUCUUGACCUCAUUACAGACUUGGUUCAAGCAUGGACAAAAGAGCUGAAUUCUAGAAGUGAGGUGAAGUGACAGCCCUGAUGUCAAGGCUGCAUUGAACGGAAUGUACGUAAGGUCAUAAGACAUUGGAGCAGAAGUGGGGGUGAAGUUCAGUAAUGGUUGGACUCAUACUUGGUACAAAUGAAGUUGGUUGUUGGAGGUCAGUCAUCUCAGUUCCAUGAACAACAGUGUACCAUCAACAAGAACCACAGAAACAACUUGCCAAAGAUCCUUAGACAUCACCUGCCAAA